UAGAGCAGGCGAUCGCUUCCCAGAAUCGAUGACGACGUCGAGCAACCACUAUUCGCUCGGUGAAUUACCUACACAGAGACUGGCUUUCUUAUUCUCUGCAGCUGAUGUGAAGAAGGACAGUUUCUUAAAGAUUAUCCGAAAUAAUUGCUCCGACUUCUCUCAGAGCAGCCUGCAGGAACUGCAAAAACAGAAGGAUUCGUCAUAUAAUAUAUUAAAGAUCAGAGCCGUGUUCUCCCUACCUUUGAAUACUGUGUCUCAAACUAAAUACACAGAGAUUCCUCGAGCCUUCAAAAUCAUUUUUCACACUUCUUUGACGAUGACCAAAGUAUCAAUCAUUAAGGAAUUAAUUUGAAUAAUACACCAUCAUGACCACAUGGGUUGCCUUGGCAUUUCUUGUGCCACUAAUAGCAUGGACGGAAGUCUUUAGUUCGGAUAUCAGCUGUCCGGUUAUGUGUGACUGCUUAAUUCUUACAGUGAAUUGCUCAUCCCGUGGGUUAUUUAGUGUGCCUGCUGAAGUUCCUCUGAAGACGGAGUCUCUGCUUCUAUCUGAGAACCGAAUUACAGACUUCGACAACAAAAUGCCAUUUCUCCCUCGAUUAUUAGAACUGGACUUAUCUAUCAACCAAAUUAAGCAACUGGGUAGAGUCUCCAUUUUCCAAAACUUGACAGAGCUGCGAUUACUUGACCUAUCUAAAAAUAAAUUUCGAACCUUAUUCAACGGAGUCUUCUGUAGUUUACACAAAUUGGAAACUUUAGUCAUUGCAAACGGCCACCUCAAGUUUAUUGACGAACAUGUAUUUGAUGACAUGAGCAUGCUUAAACACCUGAAUCUGAAGGGAAAUUCAAUCCAUUCAAUGCCCAUAUCAUGGUUUUAUGAUUUAACGAACUUAGAAGUCCUAGAACUUGACCACAACGAGAUUUUCUAUUUAAACAGUGACACAUUUUCAGUAGUAAAUAACCUCCUCUACCUAUCUUUGUCUCAUAACAGAAUCAGAGGAAUUAACGAAAAUGCUUUUAUGGGUCUUCGUAAUCUAAAAACUUUGCUACUGAAUCACAACCACGUCACAGAAGUUCCUUCAGCAGCUCUUCAACCUCUGAAGCAACUGAAAGUUCUUGUUCUCGACGCCAACCCCAUUACUCAGCUGGGGACGAACAAUUUUAAUGGCUUUGCUGUUGAGGAGAUUUCGCUGUCCAACACAACUACUCUUCAGAUGGUAGACCGUGGAGCAUUCCGGGACUUAAUUAACCUGGAGAAGGUCUUUCUCCACAACAAUAUAAAUUUACAAUAUGUAGAUCCUCACGCUUUCAUCAAUGUCCCGAAACUAAAGAUUCUUUUGUUGCAUAAAAAUAACCUCUCAGCUUUGAGUCAUGAAAUCGUUAACCGACGUCCAACCGUCCAUCUCACCUUAUACGGCAACCCUCUUCUUUGUGAUUGUAACAUUCGUUGGAUCCGAAACACACUCGAACAAAGUGACAACUCUUCUGUAGUUUUCUUAGACUUGGACAAGUUAAGAUGCUCCCAGCAUCAUAAACUGAAUUUCUUCCCUCUCAAGUCCUUGGAUCUUGCCAAUAUUUCUGCUCAGUGUGAACCUGUCCUAGUUGACUCUCUUAAUGAAACUGUUGAAACAAAAAUUGGAGAGUCGCACGAAUUUGAAUGUCGUGCUUUUGGGAUUCCCCAGCCCAGAAUUUACUGGAUUUUACCAUCUGGGGCCGUGCUGAAUGAAUCAAACAACGGCCUACAGGUCCAGGGAAAACAUCCUGGUACAUUAGCUUUGUACCAUCUGAAGCCUAAACAUUCUGGAGUUUAUCAAUGUGUUGCCGAAAACAAAGUUGGUUUGGCAUCGAAGAACAUUGCUCUUCAGGUUGAAAAUGUAGACAUCGGUCUAUUUCCUCAGCGAGUGUCUUCCACAUUCGUGACAGUUGUGUGGAAUGGCACAGCGCGGAACAACUUUCCAGAGUAUGAUAUACUUUAUAGAAUUGAUAACCAACCAAGGGAGAAAUAUAAAACAGUCACAGUAAGUUAUGUGUACCGUUCAUAUACCAUCAAUAACCUUGAACCAGACACCAGUUACAAGUUCUGUAUUGCUGUAAAGGAUGAAGAAGAUGGUGACUACAUCCAGCUAUCUUGUACUCAUGUACAGACAAGAGACCUUAGUUUCAUCAUGCAAGGCAUCUACACUUCAAGCAAUGUAGCGGUUGCAGUGGUUCUAGGAAUUGUGGCUGGAUUAUUGCUAACCGUCUGUUUUGUUUCUGUGGUGGCCAAAAAGUACAGACAAAGGCAUUACGAAACACCCGAAAAAUCUCUCAUUAGUCAUAUGGCCCACGUUCCUCCAGAGAACUUUAAUAGCCCUUUGAUGUCAGGAGUUGGGUCUUGUAGAUAAAACAACAAGUAUUUUAUUGGAGGGCAGGUUGGUUUCUGUAUAUAUUAAUUUCAAAACGUAACGCAUAAGGACAAGUUGGUUUUUAACGUGUUGAGGAAAUAUGCUACAUUAAUUUUCAAGUAAAGAAUAUAUUAAUUCGCGAAGUUGGAUUACUUGACGUGUAUAGCAAGAGGGAAAAGAUAAAGCUGUACUAGAUCAAAUAGGUUCUUGAAAAACUCAAUAUUUGCCAACCAGGAUACGUUUAUUGCGGAAAUUAAACUGUUUUCAUUCUAAUGUACGAAUUCAUGGCAGGGUUUAUGAACGUACAGAAAAUUUCAUCUUGAUAGAUUGGUUUACAUAAACUAGUUUGAGUUUGCAGAAUCUUUUACCCUUGAAACAGAGAUUAUCAUAAAAACGUGUACGGUGGUUAACAAUGUUAUAUAACAGGUACUGCUUUCAAACGAAAAUUAUCGUUAUGAAAUAAACAAAUAUUAUUGUUUAUUAUUUUGGUAUUAUUCGUCCAAAUGUUCGAUAAUAAAAUUUUAUAAACCUUUUCAAUUUAUUGUUAUAGAUAUGCGCAUGUAAUAGGAGAGGAUGCUUUGCAAAAGAACCAUGUUUAUAUCUGGAAAGGUUGAAAUUAGACCAAUCUAACGUUUCCAAAAUUCUAACAUUUCUGGUUUUUUAUCUACGAUAAUUAUUUGGAGUUUUGAAUUGUAAUACCGUUUUUAAAGGCCAAAUUAUCAUGAUAUCUUUGUUGACAUUUCUCGAUUCAGAGAAAAAGGUUAUGCUUUCAAUUUCAUAAACAAUAUCUUUCAAUAAAAACAACUUGUAAAUUCAACAAAGAAAAAUAUAACUGGUAAAUCCUCCGACGUUUUGAUACCUGGGAAACUAGCAUUAAUAAAAUAUAAGUUAGUUAUUACUUAUCUUCUUUAGUGAGCUCUCAAAUCAAUAUGUUAUUCUAGUUUAAAAAAGUUAUGUUGGUACAUUCAAGACACAACAACAAAAUCCUGUAGUUUAAUUCUUUGUAAAUAAAUUUAACAACUUGAGUAAAAAUAUUGUUAUAUGCUAAAUAAACGUUUAUUCCUUAUUUAUCCUAAAAUUCAUAAUUACCUUUAGUGAUUAAGUAUGAUCAAUAUUCAGUGGUAAGUAUUGAGCAUAAUUAUCAUUAUAGUUCGGUUUAUUUUUAUUCGAGUUUUUUUUUUCUUUAAAGAAAAAUAACAAUCUUCCGCUUAAAUUACUCUAUUUAUAAAGAUGACCUGUAAGUUUUGCAUACUAAUUUCAUAAGCGACGUACGAUGAACUGUUUGCAGUGACAACUUCCGUAAGAAAAUUAAGGAUAAAACAGAAAAUAAAAUUAACAAGACAGUUUAUGGAUACGAUAAUUUGAGUACAAUUCUAGAAAAGUCUUUGUAAUUUGUAUAUCACGUCUAAGACUAAUUUACGUAAAAUCAGUUUUUUUUAGGAAACUUCUCAAUAUAUUUAUGUCGCUUUAAAUAUGUAAUUUUUUGGUACAAUUGCAGGAAAGUGUAUCAUCUCUACAAACACAAAACGAUUCUGAUUAUCGAUCCAAGAUUUGUGCUAAUAUAUUUCAAUAUUUAAUCUUACAAUCACUAUAUCGAUUUAACUUAGAAAUAUACACAGACCGGAAGCAGUGUAUUGUUUCAGAAACAAUAAAAAUGCUGUUCGUAUGACAUAUAUUUAUCUUGAACGCAGUAGCGUUUGAUCUAUAUGUGGCUGUUUUGUUUCCAUAAGUGCGUCUCAUAUCAAGUAAACUUCUUCAGUGCAUACAUAUAUAUCAAAGUUUUAAAUCAAAAGUAGUUUCAUCAACUUGUAAUUUCACAUUUCACAAAAAUCUUCAGUCUCACUUGAAUGCUGUUCCGAUAUACAUUAUUACUAAUCUCUUAUAAAGGUUCCAGUUUUCUUCGUAUGUAUUCUAUUGACGUUUUCCCAAUGGUCUGUAAGGUCUCUAGCAAAUACGAGCUUCUCCAGAAAAUAAAUGAUAACGUUGCAUUUAGGUUACGUUGCGAGGUAAAAGAUAAAAAGUAAAAUUUUUACAUGUUUCUCGAACAUUGCACGUUUACAGAGAGUAAAAUGAAAAAUAAAACGUAAACAAGUCUUAGAAAUGAAGAACAUUGUACGAAACUUCCAAGUAGCAUUUAUACUAAACAAACGGAAUACCUGAUGUUUUCAGGUGGAGAACUUGUUAGUCUUAAACUCCAAAAGCUGUAAUAUAAACUCCACGUAUGAUAUACCAACCCGAAUAUCCUAAAAAUAGAAGUAGGUGCUAUCUCCAUCGUUAAAAAUACUAUGUUUCUUGUUUUAAAAAAUGAGAAUAACCGCUGUUUUUGGUGAAAUAUGUAAAUAUAUGUAAG